ACAAUUCCAAUUACCGCCUCACUUCUAAGCCUAUAUUUGUUGUUUUCAUCGAAGUUUUCCAAGUGAAUGAUUCAUAGUCGACGGUCAACACUGACAUACACAUAGCCAACCGUAACUGCGAUGAACAAGUGUCACAUUCUUGCUUCUGUCACCCUUAAUGCAACACCCAAAUAAUAGGAAAUGAGAAGAGUUUCGUGAAUUUAUAUUGAAAAAAGUAGUCGUUUUUCUAGUUAAAUGAUUUUUCCGCGAAUAUAAUUGUUUUGACGUCAAUACAAAAACGGUAUCGGAAUAUUUUGAGACGGGAGAACAAGUGAACGUUGCAAAGUUUCGGGUUUAUAGUGAAAUAUGUGAUUCUCAGCAGGAGUGAGCUUGUCGAAAGUGAAACCAUUUUUUUCAUGUCAGAGUUUGUGAAGAUUUUCAAAAUUUAAUGCAUUGCAAUUAGGUUCUGCUCGCUGCAAAUAAUCCCGUUUGGAAAAGUAUAUAGUUGUAUCGAGCUAGAGCCAAGCAUGUCCCGGCAUCAGAAUCGGCCUCGAAAACUACAGGUAUUAGUGACUUUCGAUCGCGCUCUGUACGGUAACGAUGAGGAGGUUCUCUAGUGGAAUGGAAUAGCUGACGCACAAUCACGGGCGGCAACCGACAUUCCUCACCUCAACAAACAAUCGAAAGAGACGGAUGACGGUUAUUCGUCACCGUUCGUAGAUACUCCUCCACUCUUUUACCACGGAACAAGUCGAUUUUCAGCAAGGAUUUGACCACCUUCAUUAGUAAUACAGUGCAUCACAGCUGGACAGACAGCUUGUAAUUCAUAUUAGAUUUAACGGCUAACUACAUCUAGCUAUUCUAGGAUUAGGAAUUAGGUUAUAGGUAUUCAGAUCAGUUGGCUUUGGCAACACGAGCGAAUAAAAGCCAUGAGAACAAAGCACUUUUUGCUGGUGCUGUUUGCCGUAAUCGGUACUAGUUUACUGUUGAUACUGCUUGGACCUGCUGGCCAGCAGAAUGACUCGAUCAAAAGCAUCGUAUCACAGACCCAUGAGCAAUUGCGGAAUUUAAAGAACAAUCUCCGAGAAGCUAGUGAACAACAUCCAGAAAUGGAUCCCAAGUAUCUCGCCCUGUUGGGCUUCAGCCAUUCGCUGUACAAUGGCACCCGUAGCAACUUCUCUGUGGUGACGUACGUCCUCGCCGGUGAGGUGGCAUCGACGAUUCUCUAUGCACAAAACAUCGCUGCGAAGCUACCGAGCGAACAGCUACUUAUUUACGAUCUCGGUUUAUCUGAGACGGAUCUGCAUGCGCUACAAGCAUUCUGCAACAGCACCCGCUGUACUGUGAUAACCUACGAUGUAAGCUCGCUACCGUCAUACAUAACGGACGAGAACAUGCACGCCUUCCGGCCAAUCAUCAUUCACGAUGCGCUGUCACGAGCCCGAACGAUUCUGUUCACCGAGAACAGUGUUCGUUUGCGAGCUGCUGGCAAAGAGCUUGCCGAAAUACGAGUAAAGACUGAGAAUGGCAGUGGAGUGAUGGGUUGGACAACCCAGCAGGCGGUUACCAGUCGGACGCAUCCGAAAAUGUUCGACUACUUUGAUACGGAUGCAGACAAUUUUUUGUUUCUGCCGAUGGUUUCGUUGGAUUUCGUGCUUUUUGUCAGUACUCCACUUGUGAACGAUCAAGUAAUGCUACCGUGGGUGAGGUGUAUGCUGACACCGGAGUGUUUGCAUCCCAUAGGUGCCCAGUCAGGGGGAUGCAAGUACAACAAAAAACCUCAGUAUCGCUAUUCCGGCUGUCACGCUUAUGAUACAUCUGCCUUCAAUAUCAUUUUGGGCUUGACGUUCGGCUUUGACGAAAGCAAAUACUCAACACACGAAGAUUCGGCUACACUUUAUUCGGUGGAAACAUUGGAGCAGGCGACCAGAAUAUUAGAGAAUCGACGGAAGAAUAUAACCGACACAUCGGAACAUCCGUUCACGGAGGAAUAAACAGGUGGAUCCCUAAGCUCUAUUCUUCCUCGCACAUCUUAAAAUCUCACCUGCUCUAGAAACACAUCCGAAGGAUCGAACAAAUAUAGACAGAAAAGGGGACACUCGAGCCGUUUGUCUACUAUUUUAAAUGUUAUUAGAAAUAAUAAUCUGGCUUAGCCUAUGUGACGAGUCAAGUGUAUUGACCGGGUAAUACAAUCCGAGGAUUCAGCGCGCAAACACGAUGAUAACGGUAAUACUGUGCUGGUAUCAACCAUAUGCGAGAUAGAGAACAAACCAAAGUUGGAUUAAUUGCGCUGGUAUGCAAUUUUAGCACAUCCAAACACACUCCGCUUUGUUUGCUUUUUUAAUAACUGAUAAUACGAGCACAAGUAGCAGCAUUCGAUAAAGGUAUUGUUCUGUACCUCAGUUUAAUUAACGGAAAAUCAAGUUUGGAAAAUUGCCCUACGGGAUUUAUAAAUCAAUAUGUUUUAUGAUAUAGCUUACGAUCAUGUUCCGAAUCGCACAUUUGCUUUCCAUGGUUUAAUCCCAUUUCAUAUGCUGCUUUUUCGUAACGGUGCAAAGAAAUUUCCGGUAAAGAGAUCCUCUGAAUUUAAUAUGUAAACACAUAAAAACUGCAAAAAAUGCGAUUUUCAGGUCAUUAUCAUUUCACAAUCAGUGAAACUCUAUUUGUGAGAAGAUUUUAUCUAAUUCAUACAUAUUUUCAUUUGAAAAAAGCUUAUGAUUGACGAAUUCUGUGCCAGCUCGAACAGAUGUUAGCAGCUGCUUCUCAGAUUUCAAUCGAACUUUUGGGACAUGCAGACUUUGACACAAGUUGAUCUAGACUGUCUUUUGAAAAUGGUUAAACUUUUUUCACCCAUCUUUCUUAAAUAAGUUUAAAAAGGCUAAAUGCAUUUCAUUUCCCAUAUAAUUUGUCAAUUUGUUUUUCAUCAGAUGGCGCUUGAAAUCUAUUUAGGUAUAUUUCGAACCUCUUCAAAACGCCAUAUUUGUUUUCCUUCGACCAGAGACACACUCUUAUUCUGUGGUAAACAUGUCGAAUUUUGAGCAUUUGUGGCACGGUAUGAUUUUCUGGUUUAAUCAAAAGAAAAAGUCAUGGAAUUCUUGUGGAGACUAAUAGCUAUCUUUCUCCACCCGUCAAAACUUGUGAACAAUGGUUUCAAAAUAGGCUCGAAGGCGCGACAAAGUCAUUCUUCAGCAUGACCACGCUCCUCCACAUUGAACCAAAUAGGUCCGCUUGAUUGGGAACUUUUAUUGCACCUGCUAUAUUCACCCGAUACGGUACCAUCUAAUUAUCACCUCUUUUCUUCGAUGGGACACGCACUGGCUGAGCAAUACAAUCAAACUUUUAAGGAUGUACGGAAAUGGCUGGAUGAAAAAUGAAGAUUUCUUUUGACAUGGUAUCCAUUAAUUGCCAAAGUGCUGGGCAAAAUGUAUAAAAAGCACUCGUAUAUAAAACCGUUUUUGAUAAAAAAAAAAAAGCGACAUUUUUAACUUGGACACCUCAUACAAACAGAGCUGUUGUUGCUUUCGUCUCCGUUGCUGCUUCCGUUAAUGCUAUUGAACGUAAGGGUGAAGCCAGAAUGGGAGCGACAAGCGACGCGAAGCGAUGCGCGAUGCGUGACACGAAAAUUUUCUAAUGCGACGUGGUAGCCAUAGUAAAGGCAACUAGAAGUGAUGCUCAAAAGCGCCAGAGGUAAACCAAAAUUGACAUUUUCAUUCAUUGUUAAAGUUUCAAAAGAAUGGAUUCGGACGAAGAGUUUUUAUGUCCGAGGGCGUACGCAACUAUUUCUUCGGAAAUCAUCAAGAGUUCGGAAUUCAUUCCAUUAAUCGAAACAGAAGAAAGUUUGGUGAAUAUCGCCAUCUGUAUAAAGAAUUGUUCAAAGAAUCUCAAUUUCACGACUAUACUAACCAGUAGUUCCUAAUAUUUCCGUAACUUCUGUCGUCAUGACUGCGUAGGAAUGGCAACAAUAGCUCCUUUAUGCAUUCUUCACGGAAUAUAUCCUUGUUUACCGUUUCGGUAGUGGUGAAGCUUUGGCUUGCUCGGCCACAUCUGCAUAUUGCCUACCAAACCAAAUAUUUUUUGAGAAACUUGGCCUGUUUCUUUGUCCUGAAAUGCUCCUCUACGCAGUUCCAUUGCGAGGCAACAUAAAGAUAUUCCGGGACGCUGUAACCAAGCAGUUCAACAUAAACCGCUAGGCAGACAUCAAGUUUCUGCUACUUGCAGAACACUUUUUUUAUUUGCACCGAAGUGCAACGUCUUUACUGUCGUGCCGAAUGUAAACGAAUUUCGACUUAAACUGGUCGAUUCAGGUGAUGGUCAUUUAGGAAUUAACCUUUGCUAUGCUAUUGGCGACACUCUCAAGUGAAUGGCAAAAAAGGAGAUCUUGAUUACGAUUAACAAAAUACCAUGUCAUCCCCACAAGAGCUGCAAGAGUUGAAGCAGAUAAAUAUUCAACUACAGAAAUAUAACGAAAUUAAAUCUCUGCUGUAAAUGCGUUAAACAGGUUAUCAUCAAAAUAUCAGAAGAACUCGAAUAACUAUAAAAUAACGCUUCGUUGGAUUCUGAGAAGAUUGUAACUUUCUCUGGUUUAGUUUUUGAUAAAUAAAAACACUGAAAAAAAUAUUCACUGAAAAGUUUUUAUUAGACAACUUUUUUUUCUUUAGAAGUGACCAUCUCGCAAGGUCGACGGUUGGGAAUUUUACCUAUCUUGAGAACAAAAUUCCCAAGACACAAAAAAUGGUGUUCAAUUUAAAUUUCUUCCAAUAUUUUCAUUCAUAAAUUUGACUAAUUCUGCACAAGUCACCUUUUUGAAAAGACGUAUUCGAGGUUAAAAAAAUAACACCUCUUAAAUGAAUUUUCGAAUAAGAGAAAAGCUGGUGAGAUGAUAUUCUAAUAAUUUUGAAACUGAUUUCGAAUUAGAUUUCGCAAAAGUUAUAACCUUAAACAUUUCGAAAAGUACUGCGUAUGUAAAUUAUCCUAAUUAUUUUAUCUGUUAGUUCUUCCUCGAGUAUUUUGCAAUACAUUAUAUCUCACUAUUUUUUAUUUUGAUUUUUCAUUUCACUUUAGUUGGAGUCUUUUUAGUCUUGAAGGAAUGGAAGUGUGUUUAGCACUCAUGAAAAAACUGUUAACCGGAAACUUUUGCGCAUCAAAAUUUCACAAUGUGUUUGUAUACUCGCUGAUAAUUGUAUGGAUGCGCGCGUGUGUGUUGUGUGUGUACAAAUAUGCAUGUGAUAAUUUACAUCACAGCCUCAGCGAUUAUGGAACUGUUUGAUAAAAAAAAUAUACUGAAAAGGUGGCCAACAUAAGUAACAUUUUGGGACGACGGGAUCAAAUAGAAUUUUGGAUAGUAGGUACUAAAUGUGGGUGGUAGGAAAGGCACAUUUUGAGGCGUCCAACGUCAAAUACACGACUGCGCUGUGACGUUUCAAAUGCUGCAAUUUCCGUCGGUCGAACGAGCUGUGAAAAAUAUAGUCUAGCUUAUAAGUAAUAUUACCUGGAAUAUUGUGUUGAUGAAUUUCUUUUGUAGUACUUUAUUCCAUUUCAAUUCUGGUAGUUUUUUUUAAUGAAAACUUUAUAGCACUUCAAAUAAAGUCACAAUAAUUAUCGAAAAAAUGGCACACACAGAAAAAGAAAACACUCUGAUAACAGGACAUAGGUAAACGCUAGAUCGUAUUCAAUAAAGAAAGUAAAGGAAGCAAAUUAAAACUCUAGAAAGCUACACAAUUAACGUUGGAGCUAGUCAGCCCCGAACUUGUUUAGCUAACCGAUUGUCAAUAAUACAGAAGUAUUUGUAUUGUAAUUAACGUACUAUAAGCUGUAGAAAAUCCAUUUAUUAGCGACCACUAGCGAUAAUUAGAAAACGACAUAGAUAUUUAAUACGUGCCCGUUAACUAAGCUGAUGACAACUAUGUAAGGCAUCAGAACCAGUAAGAUCUACUAUGAAGUAAACCUUAGGCUCGCAAUGAAACUAAAACCAUACUGAAAAUUACUGCUACUAGAAUUAGAAACGAUCAAACUAGUGACGAGAAUAAACGUCAAUUCAUUUCAUUGGUACAAUACUUUACCACUGCGUGGCAGAUUCUGGAGCAACUGCUGAAAUGAUGCAUCGAACCGAAUACAAUUCUUCACUUCAUUAGAUAACUAUCGAAUUUUGGUCCUGUGCCACUGUCUUCUAUCAUAAAUCUGCACAAAACAGCUUAUUUAUAGCUAUACAAAUAGCACUUUCCUGCAAACCGAGAACACCGCUGAACGACAAUCGAGCUUACAUAAAAAAACUAGUCGAAUAACAGGACGUUUUACGUUGAACUUUAUUGUUCGGUCACUAAACACAAAAGUAUUCGUUCGAAUGAACAACAUUUUGCGGGACAAUUUCGGGAGGUGCCCUGAAUCGUGUCGAACGCUCAGACAAAUUAACUGUAACCCAUAUAACAUAUCCUGUCAACAGUUUAGCCAUCCAAAGUUACGCCACAAGUAUUACGCUAAUACGAACACGAACUGUUUAAGAUUAACGAUGAAGAAAAAAAACGUCGGAAAACACAAACAACCCAAGUAACAUAUAUAACAAUAGAAUAGUAGAACGAGACUUAAAAUCACACAAGAAACGCUAAGUCCAAUAACCAGAUGCCAAUUCGAGCUGUAGGUUUCAUUUAAUACGGUUUGAAUUUUGCCUUAUUUUCCAAAUUAUUCUACGCCAGCUUUGCCAAAAGUUUUUCUAAAAUCCAAAAUUUGAUAAAAUUGUUGCUUAUUCAAUACUAAACGGCUGCCAUCGCUAAGCUUACGCAGCGCGGUUGAAAAUGGGACGCAAUGAAGCGGAUCAAAAUGACGUCAGUCAUUUGGACAAAUCUACAGAAAAAAUAAACAUGUUUCGAUUUUAUCGUAGAAGUAAAGAAAAUAGUAUUCAUCAGAUUUUAUUCCAUACACCAUUAGGCAUUGGCUUCAUUGCAGUUCCGUUAACAAUUGCUAGUUGUUUUCGUUCGCCAGUAUCCAACGGACAUUGGAAACGUAUUUGGAGUAUCAAGACAAAAAGUCGACAUUUUUGAGCAACAUUCGAAUCUGAACAAAACCAUAAUGAUUAUCGUUACUAAAAUAAUCUAUCAGGAACUCAGCUAUAGUUAUUGUUAAAUAAUAAUGAAAUAAGUAUAGAAAAUACUUACAGAAAUCAGUAACAGUAAUAAUAAAUAUUGCGAAGUUUAAUUUAUGCUGUUUUAAGCA